GCGUGUACGGCCAUCUCAAUAUGGCGGCGUGUGUGACAAAUUCGACGAGUCGCGCCUUGUGAAGGACGCUUUUACGUCGCGACCGCGUGGUGAAUAUCCGUUGGUGCGUGCACAAUUACACCGAGCAGUGUGAUCUGGCACGAGGCUAAUUGAUCAACGCGAUCGCGAAUACGCGUCCUCUCACACCCAGUGCCUGCAAUCGCGAUAUUACGAGGAUGUCAGUGAGUUAUGCCAGGAUGAAGGCGUGUUACGAAGCGUCUUCACCAACAGCGACAACAAUAACAACGACGACGAUCAUGAGCACGACGACGAUCAUGAGCACGACGACAACGAGCAAUACGUCCAGGCGGGCUGGCUCGGAGAAGGACUGGCAGAUGCAGCUGGCGUUCUGCAAGCCUCGUCACAAUGGCACGAUUGAAGGCGUGAAUUACAUCAGUCAAACCUGGCGGAUGAAGGAGCGGAUGAAGACUGUGAGCGUGGCUCUGGUGCUGUGUUUGAACGUCGGCGUCGACCCACCUGACAUUGUCAAGACACAGCCCUGUGCGCGCCUUGAAUGCUGGAUAGAUCCUUUGUCAGUGAGUCCUCAGAAAGCUCUGGAAACUAUAGGCUCGAAUCUGCAGAAACAGUAUGAACGGUGGCAGCCAAGAGCACGCUACAAACAGAGUUUAGAUCCAACUGUCGAGGAAGUUAAGAAAUUGUGUACAUCCUUAAGACGUAACGCUAAGGAGGAAAGAGUCCUGUUCCAUUACAAUGGCCAUGGUGUGCCCAAACCCACUACUAAUGGUGAAAUCUGGGUGUUUAAUAGGACAUAUACACAGUACAUUCCAUUGUCGGUUUAUGACUUGCAGACGUGGAUGGGUGCACCUAGCAUAUACGUGUAUGAUUGUUCUAACGCGGGUAUUAUUGUAGAAUCCUUUCAGCAAUUUGCAGAUCAGCACGAGAAGGAAUACGAGAUGGAGAAACAGCAAAAUCGUGCGACAGGUGUGUCAAGUCCUGCAGCACCGUGCUACAAGAACUGUAUUCAAUUGGCGGCAUGCGCGGCCAAUCAAAUUUUACCAAUGAAUCCAAAUUUACCUGCAGAUAUAUUUACGUCAUGUCUCACGACGCCGAUUAAAAUCGCAAUACGCUGGUUUGCGAUGCAGAGCACAGCCAAUUUAGUUCCCAACAUAUCCCUUGAUCUUCUUGACAAAAUUCCUGGACAGUUGACUGACAGGAGAACAAUGUUGGGCGAGCUCAAUUGGAUAUUUACCGCCAUUACCGACACGAUAGCGUGGAACACUCUGCCAAGAGAUCUAUUCCAAAGGUUAUUCAGGCAGGAUCUGUUAGUUGCUAGCCUCUUUAGGAAUUUCUUACUGGCCGAAAGAAUACUUCGCUCUUACGAUUGCACGCCGGUUUCCUGCCCAAAAUUGCCACCGACAUAUCAGCAUCGUAUGUGGCAAGCUUGGGACAUGGCGCUUGAUUUGUGCUUGGCACAGUUGCCGACGGUUCUGGAUAACGAGGAUCGUUACGUGCACUCAUCGUUCUUCGAGGAUCAACUCACAGCGUUUCAAGUCUGGCUUACUUUCGGAUCGCAGAGUCGCAAUCCGCCCGAACAGCUUCCGAUAGUUCUUCAGGUGUUAUUGAGUCAAGUUCAUAGACUGAGAGCGUUGGAGCUAUUAGGACGUUUCCUCGAUCUUGGCCCGUGGGCUGUGAAUUUAGCGCUUAGCGUGGGAAUCUUUCCCUACGUCUUGAAAUUACUGCAGAGCAACGCCAGAGAGCUCCGGCCAUUGCUCGUUUUUAUUUGGGCGAAAAUUCUUGCGGUAGAUAACACCUGUCAAGCCGAUCUCGUGCGCGAUGGUGGCCAUAAAUAUUUCUUGUCCGUACUGCAGGAUACCUCUACUCCGAGCGAGCAUAGAACGUUAGCCGCAUUUGUAUUGGCCAGUAUUGUGAACGAUUACCGGCCGGGUCAAGUGGCCGCGAAUCACGGCAAUCUCGUCUCGAUAUGUCUGGAGCAACUGGGAGACACGAACCCACUGCUACGGCAGUGGCUUUGCUUGUGCUUGGCACGACUUUGGCACAAUUUCGAUAAAGCGAGGUGGUGCGGCGUCAGAGAUAUUGCUCACGAGAAGCUCUUUACGUUACUAAAAGACCCCGUCCCGGAGGUCCGGGCGGCUAGUGUAUACGCAUUGGGUACAUUUAUAAACAGUGUUACAACCAGAAGCGAGCACGCGAACAAUAUCGAUCAAAUUAUAGCCAUGACGCUUAUCAAUACAGUGUCUCACGAUAUGUCUCCCUUAGUUAGGAAAGAGUUGGCAGUGGCUCUUCAGUGGAUGGUGCUGCAUUUCGAAAAUUCCUUCGUGACAUUAGCCUUGGCUGAGGAGCACAGCCGGAAGGAGCUCAUUGUGGAGACUUUGUCUCCGUUCAGUGGCAUGAGGCGCAAUCUAUCGAAGGAUAGAUUGAAGAUGCUUUCCCCUAAUAAUACUUACAGCAUAGACAUGACUGAUGGAUUCGGGCAAGAUCGCAUUAAGAGAGUGUCUUCCUCGUCGUCCAUUAGCAGUCUAGGUAAUAAUUGGGAGUUCGUGAGGAAACCUUGCGAGUCACUUGGUCACAGCUCGCUCGGAAAUUUACCGAGUCUCUCCUACGGUAGCGUGUAUAUGAAAUUAUGGCAUGGAUUGUGCAAUCUCGACAACGAUCCUCAUCCGGUGGUCGGUGCUAUGUCUCACAAAGUUACCAAUCAUGUUCGUAAUAAGGUAAAGGCAUCCUCGGCGCCAAAGGAGGUAACUGAAGCGAAAAUUUCUUCUUCGUUGUCUCUGCCGCCAUCUCCGUCGAAUCGAACUAGUUAUUUAAGUAAUAGCAAAGGAGAAUCGCCACCGCCUGCUGUCAAUUCUGGAACGGAUUUGUUGCGUUCUUCGAGAGCUCUGCCGCACAGUAGUCGCAAUAGGAAACCAGUUCCUAAUACGAUAUCUGAAGAGACAGAUGAAGUGCCUGGAUUCAAGACACCAUUGACUACCUCUCAAUUUGUCGAAUGGAGUUGCGCACAGUUUGCUCAGCCCGCUAGUUUAGAGAACGAGAUGGACGAUGUGGAAAGCAAGCCAUAUCUCGAGCGAGAAUGGCGAUUUAUACGUAACGAGAAGCAGAGGAAUGACGCGAGGGAGGAACAAUUGCGCGCUCCGCAAAGUAAGAUGGAGUCGCAGAUGUGUCAUGCGAGAUGUCCGCAGUCGCCUCAGAUUUUGGUCUUUCAUCCGUUCGAGUCGCAUUUGGCCGUAGCGCUGAAGGAUUGCUUCGGAGUAUGGGAUUAUCAGAGCGGCACGAAGUUGACGUACUGCGCGAGUCGCGGCAAUAAAGGGAAAUCGCGCGUCACGGCGCUGGAGUUCAUCAACUCUCACGACCUGACUCUGUUACUGGCGGGUUCCGACGACGGCUCGGUGAGAGUGUGGAAGAAUUACUGUGGUACAAUUAGUCCCGAUCCGGUUUUACUCACAGCUUGGCAAGCUCUGGCUGACGUACAACCCGCGACAAAGACCUCCAGUGCGACGGCAGGAUUGGUCACUAAGUGGGAACAGAAGUCACUCACUCUAGCGGUAACGGGCGAUGUACGCAUCGUGCGGCUCUGGGACGCUGAAACGGAACUGAAGAAGCAAGAUAUACCGACGGGUGCGGACUGUUGUACCACUUGCAUCGACGUUGACGGCACAGGCUCGAUUAUGGCACUGGGCUGCGGCGAUGGAUCGGUCAGGCUGUUUGAUCGGCGAUUACCUCCCGCGGAAGCGAGAGUCAUGACGUGGAGGGAACACAGCGUCUGGGUUUUGGGCACAUUCCUGAGGAAGGUAUCGACACCUCAAUUGUUUACCGGCUCUUCGUCGGGUGAUAUAAAGAUCUUCGAUCUUCGAAAAAAUUCCUCCGUGAGCACGAUUCAAGUAACACCCAGCAUCGCAGCGCUGACGGCACACGAAGUGGCUCAUAUUUUUGCUUGCGGCACUACGAAUCACUGCAUCAACGUCUACAAUACCUCAGGCCAACACCUCAAUACGAUAAAAUUCCACGAGGGAUUCAUGGGUACACGUAUAAGCCCCGUGAGCUGUCUGAAUUUCCAUCCGCAUCGCGUGGCCUUCGCGGCUGGCUUUGUGGACAGUACCUUCACGGUGUACGAGUCGCGCAGAUGA